GUGUGAAAACAUGGCGAUCAUCGAGGGUCCGCUCAGUAAAUGGACAAAUGUGAUGAAAGGUUGGCAAUACCGAUGGUUUGUUUUAGAUGAACAUUCUGGAUUGCUUUCCUAUUACACGUUGGUUGCAGCUUGUGGAUGUGAACUAGUAGUAUGAUGCUAACACUAGUGCUACUCUUCUCACAAUUAUAUUUCUCAGAUUUGAUUCAAACUGUCUUUGGUAUUGGUUUAUAAAUUAUUUUGUCCAAAGAUAAAAUGAUGAGAGGUGAUCGGCGAAGAUGUGUCCGAUUAAAGGGAGCCAUAAUUGGUAUUGAUGAUGAAGACGAUAGUACCUUCACUAUUACUGCCAACCAGAAGACCUUUCAUUUCCAAGCCCGAGAUGCAGAUGAAAGAGAGAAGUGGAUUAAAUCUCUUGAAAAUACAAUAUUGCGGCACACACAUUUUGUUAAGCAUGACAACCGGGCUGUUCCUUCUAUGGCUGAUUUUGAAAGGAAGUUGUCAGAGUCCGAUGUUUACUUACAGAUCCUUAUUGAGCAAGUGAAGUCCCUUGAAGACAGGAUUGAAUUAUGUGAGGACUUAACUGUCAAGGAAAAGUACAAUGUUAUCAAAGUCACGGCCGAGGCAAUGAUUGAAUCCAUAAAACAUACCAUUGUGAUGCUUCAGAUCACUAAAGAAAGUUUAAAAGGUCCAGUUGUAAAUAGUACAUUGUAUGACUUGGUGCCCGCUGCACCACGUAUCAAAAUACAUCCUGCCGAAGCGGCAAAUUCCUUGCAGGAGGAUAACACUACCUUGCACAAUAGUGUAGAAACUGCAACAGAGGCACAGUUAUUAGAAAAUGACGUGUGCAUUAGUCAAUCCAUGCCGAAUAUUAAUAUUGGUUCAAGCUCCAUUGUAUCCAACUCAAAUAGCAGCAACAUUCCUACUGAUAGCCAUGCUCCUGUAAAUAUGAAGAGAACAGAUGCCAGCUCUAAUCAAGUGUCUGUAACACAAGUGCCUGACAUUUCCUAUUCAAGUAGUGAAGAUGAAGACUUCUAUGAUGCUGAAGAAUACCGGUAUGGUUCUCCAAAGACUACCUCAGAAAAAUCUGCAACUUCAGGAGAAGCCAGUCCAAUGCAAACGCCAGCUGAAGAAAGUCCUGUUGAAACGGCUCUUCCACGUGUUAUCACUUCUGAAGACGAUAUAUUUGAUGAACUUUAUGAUGAAGAAGAUAGAGAAGAAUUGGAGUCCUUGGAAAAUCAUGGCAGUGUCAUCACUCAUUUGUUAUCUCAAGUACGUAUUGGAAUGGACUUGACUAAAGUGGUGCUGCCAACAUUCAUUCUAGAGAGGCGUUCUCUUCUUGAGAUGUAUGCUGACUUUUUUGCACAUCCAGAUCUAUUUGUUAAGAUUGCUGACAUUGACAAUCCCAAAGACCGAAUGCUACAAGUUGUAAGAUGGUACAUGUCUGCUUUCCAUGCAGGCCGAAAGAGUGAAAUAGCUAAGAAACCUUAUAAUCCAAUUCUAGGAGAAAUAUUCCGGUGUCACUGGAAAAUUCCUGGUGUCUCCAACUGUAGUACAGCUGAGAGUCCACUUUUCCCUUGGGCAAGAGAAGAUAAUUUAAUUUUUAUUGCUGAACAAGUCUCACAUCACCCACCAAUCUCUGCCUUCUAUGCAGAACACUACGAUAAAAGAAUCAGCUUGGAUGGAUACAUAUGGACGAAAUCUAAAUUUCUUGGUUUGUCCAUCGGUGUUCAUAUGAUUGGGCAAGCAGUCCUAUCAGUCCCAGAUUUUGAAGAAGAGUACAUAUUCACAUUUCCAAAUGGUUAUGGAAGGUCCAUUUUAACAGUUCCUUGGGUUGAGCUUGGUGGUAAAGUCUCUUUGACUUGUCCAAAGAGUGGCUAUAGUGCAAAUAUUGAAUUUCAUACGAAGCCUUUUUAUGGUGGUAAGAAACAUAGGAUUACAGCUGAAAUUCUGGCAGCUAAUGAGAAAAAACCCUUUUGUAGUAUUGAAGGUGAAUGGAAUGGUGUAAUGUAUGCUAAACAUUCAUCAGGAAUGAAUGAAGUAUUUGUUGACACCAAAAGAAUGCCAAUAAUAAAGAAACAAGUGCAGGAACUUGACAAACAAGAUGCUAUGGAAUCUCGAAAUCUCUGGAGAGAUGUUACUUAUAACUUGAAGAUCAAAAAUAUUAACAGUGCAACUGAAGCUAAGCAUCUUUUGGAACAACGGCAGCGGGAUGAAGCCAAAGAACGGAAAGAAAAGGGAUUUGUUUGGGAAACUAAAUACUUCCAUGAAGUAGGAGAGCAUUGGGUCUAUGACAAUCCGUUAUUGAAGAGAAUUCCACCCAAGUCCUCAGCUGGCAACACCAAUUCUGCCUUACAGCAACAAAGCACAUGAGAGCUGAUAUUUAGCUCAGAGAUAAUGUGUGACCUCGACAGUUAAAGUUCUACACCUGACCAGCAGAUGUCUCUACCAGCAGCUGUUCAAUUUUCAAACUACUCUGCCCCCCCUCCCACUACAGCUGCUGCUGCUCUCCGUCAACAGCUGUUCCCUGUACAUUUAACAAUCAAACAAACUUUACCCUGGGUUUUUUUUCUUUUUUUUUUUGGCAAGGCUUUAGGGCAGGGUUGAAUGAAGACAUGGAAUAGCUUUAAUAUGACCAGAGAGAAAAAGAGAGAGAGAGAUUGAUUGAUUGAUGGAGAGAAUAAGAGAGAAAAGGAGAGGGAAAGAGAUAUGCAAUAUAUAUAUAAUCUACUUUGGCCUGUUAGGUCUAAAAUCACAGGAACCUUAAAACAGUUUACCUUAAGGGUGUCAACACUAACAGAAUCACUAAAGGAACAAAAUAAAUUUUUAAAAAUAGAUGAAAAUAAAAGAAAAAAAUUUCACAAGAAAAAAAAAUGAGAUUUACAACACUUUUUUUUUUCUCUCUCUUUUAUCAUGAUUUUCUUUCUCUCUGAAAUCAAACAAUUCUUUCUUGUAAUUCUGCCAUUUCUGUAUUUUAAACUCUUGCCUCUUCCAUAUACUUCUUUUUUUCUUUCUCAUAGAGAACUAGAGCCAUGGUCUCUGGAUUGUGAUAUGAAAAAGUGAUGUUUCCUGCAAAAUCAAAUGUUUAUGGAUUUGAACAUGUACAUUUGUGUGUAUGUCAAUAACACGUAUGAAUGUGUGUGUGUGUUUAUAUGUGUGUUAGUGGAUGUCUGUGCACGUGUGCGAGAGUGCAUGCAUUUGCAGAUUUACCUUGGACAGAUUUUAUCAGAUCAGAAACUUUUUAUUUAUUAUUCUUAUAAGCUUCAUUAUAUUCCAGUAUUCUGUAUUCUACCAUAAAUCUUAAAAUCGUAGGAAUUUACCAAUGUCUCUAUUAUUUCUGUUAAUUUAUAAACAAAAACCAACUUUUCUGACCUUACUUCAUAUAUAUUUUCCCUGUCCAUUGUUGUUGUUGAUCCUGUUGUUGAUGAUGAGUAUUUCUUAUAAAGUUUGAGAUUUAAGUGAUGGAAAACGGCAGGUGUGACAUUCAUGCCUUUCCACUAGGAAUGAAUGUUAAAAGUCUUCAAAGCAGGAAUAGAAAUUGAUUCACAUGCCUAGAUAUUUAGGAACUUACUCCAACAGAGAUUGUUAUUAUUAUUAUUAUUAUUAUUAUUAUUAUUAAGUCGGUGAGCUGGCAGAAUUGUUUGCACACUGGAUGAAAUGCUUAGCAGUAUUGUGUUCAUUGCUACAUUCUGAGUUCAAAUUCUGCUGAGGUCGACUUUACCUUUCAUCCUUUCGGGGGCCAAUAAAAUAAAUACCAGUGAAACACUGAGGUCGAUAUAAUCAACUAGUCCCUUUCCCUCAAAUUUCAGGCCUUGCACCUUUAGUAGAAAGGAUUAUUAUUAUUAUUAAGGCAGUGAGCUGGUAGAAUCGUUAGCAUGCUGAGCGAAAUGCUUGGUGGCAUUUUGCCCAUCUUUAUGUUCUGAGUUCAAAUUCCACCGAGGUUGACUUUGCCUUUCCUACUUUCGGGGUCGAUAAAUUAAGUACCUGUUGAGUACUAGGGUCGAUGUAACUCACUAGUCCCUUCCUCCACCAAAUUUCAGGCCUUGUGCCUAUACUAGAAAGGAUGAUUAUUAUUAUUAUUAUUAGCCAUAUUGAAAAUCAAUAAAUCAGAAAUAACAAUCAUUGACUGGAUGAAGUAAUAGUAUUUGAAAUUAUUGGAUAUGUAUUCCUACUUCAGACGCAUUGUUUUUAUGCUCCAGGGUCGGAUAAAUAAUUAAACUUGCCUGUGUCUUCAUCAUGCUUCAUUGUGAUACAGCUUUUUCUUGGGGGUGAGUGGGGAGCAGGGUUUAUUAUAUAAAAAAAAUAAUCCAUGAACAAAUUGACUGAUGAUGAUUUAUGGUUAAUCUAACAUUUGUUCAUAGUGUUUUCUACCUUUUUUUUUAUGUUGAUUAGAAUUUUAAAUUAUUAAAAUCCUUGAAUGAUU